AUGGCUACCAUCAGCAGAACACUGCUGCUUCUCCCGGGUCACCGUCGGAAGUUAUUCACCGCCUCCGGCCGUGGUGAUGGACUGUUGCGCGUGUUCGGUUGCACGAGGAAGCUUUCUACGAUGGAAGGAACCACCGAUAAGCCAACGGAUCAUCCGAUCGUGGAGCUUCCGGGGCUGGGAAAACUGAAAGGUUCCACGACACGUGGGGCCUGGACGGGUGUGAACAUUUAUCAGUUUUUAAACGUACGUUACGCCGAACCCGCGAUGGGUGAGCGUCGUUUUAAGCCCCCGGUUCCGGUGCAACCGUGGGACGGUGUAAUGGAUGUGUCCGAACCGAAGCUAGGCUCACCGGUGUACAAGCGCAUGAAGCUGCUGACGGAGGAACAACGGGCAGAAAAUCUGGAAGAUUGUAUCAAUCUCAACGUAUUCACGAAAGACCUUAGUGGCCGCAAACCGGUCAUUGUGUAUGUGCAUGGUGGUGGGUUUUAUGAUGGAGCGAUUUACCACUAUCCCCCGAAUUACAUCAUGGAGAAGGAUGUGGUGCUGGUGGUGCCUCAGUAUCGGCUCGGAGUGCUAGGAUUUUUGUGCUCCAACACGAAACAAAUCCCGGGCAAUGCGGGCGUUAUGGAUGUGGUGAUGGCGUUCGAGUGGGUCCAGAAGUAUAUUAGCCAUUUCGGAGGUGAUCCACAGCAGGUAACUGCGAUGGCACAGUCGUCCGGUGCAGCAAUGGUUUCGAGCAUGACAUACAGCCCGCUGGUGGACACGGAGAAAUUAUUCAAGCGGUUAAUACUGCAAUCGGGCAACUGUCACGGUUCGUGGGUGUGGGAUCGCAGUCCGGAGCGUAACUGUCGCGAUAUAGCCGGGUUCGCUGGUUUCGAUCGUAAAGCACCGCUGGAGGACGUCGAACGGUUCCUGAUGCAGCUGGACAUUUUCAGCCUGAUGAAAGCUUUCACACAACACUAUCGUCUGCGAACUCCAAACGGUACGGAUACGAUCGGCGGUGCCCGUAUGGUUUUUAACGAUCCGAAUGGACUGUUUCCGGAAAAUCCCUACUUCAUCAUGCGCAAAGGAGGUGGAAGGAAAAAUAUGCCCCUGCUCACCGGUGUCACACGGCACGAUGGAACGUUUGCAUUUUUGGAGGUGUUUAACAUUCUUCUGUUUAAGAAACUGAUCGGUGAUCCGCACAUUACCAUACAUCGGAUGGUGGACGAGGUGAACCAGGUGCUGGGAGUUGAUGAUCCGUCCUGCACUAUUCGGACGCUUGCAAUGGCCCAGUUCUUCACACAUGAACAACUUGCUUCCGGUGAUUUAAGAAAACUUCUGGCAGGCUUCUGUGAUCACACAGCCGAUGUUUUGCUUAAAGGACCCGUGUUAAAGAUGGCGCAGAAUAAUGCGAUGUAUCUGCCCGACCAGACGUACCUGUACAGCUUCGACUACGCUGGCGAACACACGCGUUUCGGGUAUGGCGGUGACACUUCGGCCAUACCAUUCGAUGGCGGCGUACACCACUCGAACGAUCUGAUGUAUCUCUUCCCGUACCCACCGACGGCGGCUAACCUGAACGAGCAAGAUACGUCCGUUGCGAAGCGUAUGGUUGACCUGUGGACAUCGUUUGCCAUCCAUGGCAAGCCGGAAGCGGAUGAUGUGCCUACCUGGCCACCGAUGAAUAAUGUGCUCGGACCCUAUCUCAAGAUUAACAAACAGUUUACCGUUGCACAGGACUUCAGGGAAGAAUUUACCGUCGCGAUCAAAAAUCCGUCCGAGAUUGAGAAGAAGAAGAAGGGUAACAAAACUCCAGUAGAUAAGUAG